AUGGAGCGGCGAACACUUUGCUUUCCGCAUUUUGGGACUCGGAAAGUGCUGCAGACCGGUGACCCAGGCUUCAAGGAGGAGACAGACCGUCUCUUCCACAGCGCGAACAACAACGCUCUCGAAGCGCUUGUCCACCUCAAGACGCAUCUACAGACACUCUCGACCGAAGACUUCUGGCCCGCUGUGGUAGAGGGGAUCGCCAACAUCAUCGGCGCGCAGAUCUCAUUUGUCUUCAAGCGGAUAUUGGUCGACGAACAUGACUCUGCGGUCGAGAUGCCGCCGUAUGGAGAGCCGGGAUCUUGUCUAAUGGCCUCGGCCGUCCACUAUCGGACCAACGACGGCUCGAAGGACACGAUCAAGGAGACCAAGUUCCAUGCAUACGGCUGUCCAUGCACGUAUAUGCGCCACGACAAGGUCUUCCUCAUCCCGGAAAGACUGACUGACUUUGUCCCACACAAUCCGAAUCAGCUUCCUACGCCGGCGGAUGCUUAUAUUGCCUUGCCGCUUUUUCUGGACGGCAAGAAUGUCGCUCACUUCGGAGCUAUGUGGUCGAAGGAGGGCGCAGCCGAACGAAAGCUGUCCUGGGCGUUUAUCGAGCUGCUGCUUCAUUCCCUGGAAGAUGUAGUUCUUCAGCGGUUUAUUGAAGGUUCCAACUUUGUCCGACCUGCUACUGUUGUCAAUGAGCGGCGCUCGGUUAUUCCACACGAUGCUAUCACGGUGGCUCAAUCCCUACGACCUUAUGCUGGGAGCCUGUCUCACGAACUUCGAACGCCUAUGCAGGGUAUUGUCGGGAUGCUAGAUGUCAUGUACACCACAGUGCAAGAAGCGGUGGAGACGCAGGCGGAUCCGUAUCUCCGCAGGGUUUUCGCCGAGCUGAAGGAAGGCAUUGAAGUGGUGCAGGACAGCUCGCGACGAGCGGUGGAGGCCGCAGACAAUGUUGUGCAUGCUUAUGACAUGGACAUGGUUGUGCCAGAACCACCGCCGCCAUUCCUGGACGACAUCGAAUCUGCAUCGCCUUUCUCGGCCGCGCCAAUGGACAAGCGACCCGAGAUUCUUGUAGCUGGAAGCAACUUACCCUUAGGUCGGAAGAGACGGAGGGAUGAGGCGUUUUCGCGGGAGGGCAGCAACGCGAGCAUCAACAAAACGGCAAAGUUGGAGAAUGCCAGAUGCGCGUGGGCGCGGGCUUCGCAGCCCAGCGAUGAGCUGAAGGAAGGUGUACGUCAAGCUGGAAAUCUGCAAACGCAUAUCAACGCCGGGGCUACGGUGGAUGACGCACCGACAGAAGAAGAUGCCGAACUCGCUACGAAUUCGAUGUCGACAGUGCACCGGAUGAUCGCGCCCGGGCUUCGACACACGAACAUGCGUGAGGUCUUCCAGCACGUUAUCAACGAAGGAUUAAAGGUCGGUGGCCGGCCAGACUCAACGUCGGCGCAGGAGACAGAGACGGGCGAGAUCAUUGAGGUGCGGACGAGAGGGUCAGACGGGACCUCGAAGACAAAAAUCAUCGAGUGGAAAGUGCAUCCGAAUAUGCCUGAGACGCUGUUCACAGACGAGAAGGAUUUGAGCAAACUGAUCUCGUGUGUCUUCUUGAAUGCCAUCAAGUUUACGGAUCUUGAAGGUGGUAAAGUGGGUGUGUAUGCGCGGAUGAGUGCGAGAGGAAGGUAUAUCUCGAUCAGAGUGUCGGAUAACGGACCUGGGAUUCCCGCUGCUUUCUUGCCGAAGCUUUUCAAGCCUUUCACAAGAGAGAACGAGUCGAUCACGAGGCAAAGUGAAGGUCUCGGGCUAGGAUUGAUGGUGGCCAAAGGAAUUGCGAGGAAGCUGGGAGGAGAUCUGCUGUGCACCAAAGCCGUGACUGAGGGCUCUGAGCAUGGGAGUGAGUUCGAGAUCAAAGUCCCGUUCACAGCAGGCGAGACUAUCAGCAGACCGGCAUCGCCUUUCAGCUCGCCAGCACCCAACGGCACUUCGCUAGCACCCCUGGACAUUCCAAAGACACCCCCACAAUUCGCCGCAACCCCCUUCACCCACAGCCCAACAAAGCUCUCCCGAGCGCUUCACGAAGCUAUCGAAGACGACCGUUUCCACGCAACUCCGCCCUCCCCCAAAACCAAAACUCGCCUCGACGCCCUCAAACCCGCCGUCACCGUCACCUCCUCCCCAUCCACACCUCCCAAUGGCUUCCACGCCGGCGCCGCUCGCCCGCGCAUCAAGAAGAGCUUUUCCAACCCCGAAAUCGACCGCGAUCUGGCUUCAAAGUACCCUCUCACAUUCCUCGUCGCCGAAGAUAACAAGAUCAACCGGAAGCUGCUCGUCUCCAUGCUUUCGAAAUUCGGCUACUCGCACGUGCACGAAGCAUACGACGGAGCGGAGGCGGUGCGGCAGAUGGCUGUUCCUAGAAAGAACGGGGAGCGGAUUGAUGUAGUGCUGAUGGAUCUGUGGAUGCCGUUGAUGGAUGGGUACGAGGCUACGAGAAGGAUUUUGGAGGGGCAGGAAAUUGAGGAGAAGCCGACGGUGUUGGCUGUGACGGCGGAUGUGACAGAGGGUGCGCAGGAGCGGGCGGCGAGGGUGGGGAUGAGGGGGUUCAUGACGAAGCCGUAUAAGAUGACUGAUUUGCAGAGGCUGAUUACUGAGUAUUGUGCGAAUCAGGCGGGGCAGAGGGUAUGCUGA